AUGAUCUUGGAUGCCAAUUUAUCACUUUUGCUGGAGGAUGGUGUCCCUGAGGAUCUUCUGUCAGUUGUGAAGUACUCUGAUGAGCAAUAUCUCCUGGAACAAGAACAAGCAGGAUACAUAGUGGGAGAUGACGAUGACAACGAUUUACAUUCUACGUUCAAGAUGUUAGACUCUACAAAUAACACCAGAGAAGAAGAUGUUGAUGUUGGUGGAGACAUUGAUCCACAUGUUGUCCCAAUUCAAGCUCAUGGCAUCAUUGAUACUGAAGCAAUGCUGCUUUCAAACCAGGAUGUCCUUGCUAAUGCAUUAGCAAACACAUCUUCUGUGGAAUCUUAUGUGGUUGAACAUGGAUCUGGGUUUGUUAAUGAAUAUGCGUGCCACAAUGCAACCAGUGUGCUGUAUGCUGGUACUCCAGAUGAUCCAAAUCAUCUCUUAGGUGCUUUUCCUUCCUUGUUUCCUUAUGGCCUAGGCAGAUUCAAAGUCUCUCGACCGCGUUCUGUCUCUUAUGAAGCUCACACUAAGUAG